GGCCGGGGCCCUUGACGUGUCCCGCCGCCGAUUGGCCGCCGGCCGAUAGGAUCUCCGCGGCCCCGCGUUAAGGCGGGGGAGCGCGCAGCGCUAGGCGCAGAGCGUUUCCUUUCCGCCCGGUAUCCCGGCUCCGCUGCCCCCGGUACUCCGUCCCGCCUGUCCCGUGCCCAGCCGCUUCUCCCGUGGGUGGCCAUGGAGUACACGCCGCCCCCCAAGCCGCAGCUCUCCUCCCGGGCCAACGCCUUCUCCAUCGCAGCCCUCAUGUCGAGUGGCAGCUCCAAGGACAAGGAGUCUUCCGAGAGCACCAUCAAACCUCUGGAACAAUUCGUUGAGAAAUCCUCUUGCGCCCAGCCUUUGAGUGACUUAUCCAGCCUGGACCCUCACGGGGAUUUUAGCACCAGUCCUUCAUCCCUGUGCACCGAGCCCCUCAUCCCCACCACCCCUAUCAUCCCGAGCGAGGAGAUGGCUAAAAUCUCCUGCAGCCUGGAGACCAAAGAGCUCUGGGAUAAGUUUCAUGAACUGGGUACCGAGAUGAUCAUCACCAAGUCCGGGAGGAGGAUGUUCCCUACGAUCAGGGUUUCCUUCUCGGGAGUGGAUCCUGAAGCCAAGUAUAUUGUGUUAAUGGAUAUAGUUCCUGUGGACAAUAAAAGAUACAGAUAUGCCUACCACAGGUCUUCCUGGCUAGUGGCUGGAAAAGCUGACCCUCCACUCCCUGCAAGGUUGUACGUGCACCCUGACUCCCCGUUCACAGGAGAGCAACUGCUGAAACAGAUGGUGUCCUUCGAGAAAGUCAAGCUCACCAACAACGAGCUGGAUCAGCAUGGCCACAUCAUUCUGAACUCCAUGCACAAGUACCAGCCAAGGGUGCAUAUUAUUAAGAAGAAGGAUCACACAGCUUCUCUGUUAAACCUGAAAUCGGAGGAGUUCAGGACGUUUAUCUUUCCAGAGACCGUUUUCACUGCUGUUACUGCCUACCAGAAUCAAUUGAUAACCAAGUUGAAAAUUGACAGCAACCCUUUUGCUAAAGGAUUCCGGGACUCUUCCAGACUCACUGAUAUCGAGAGAGAAAGUGUGGAGAGCCUUAUCCAAAAGCAUUCCUAUGCCCGAUCCCCCAUUCGAACCUAUGGAGGAGAGGAUGAUCUUGGAGAUGACAGCCAGGCAACACAAGGCAGAGGGUCAGCAUUUACAACAUCUGACAACCUGUCCCUCAGUUCCUGGGUAUCCUCCUCAACCAGUUUCCCUGGAUUUCAGCAUCCACAGUCUUUGAGUGCCCUGGGUACCAGCACUGCAUCCAUAGCUACACCCAUUCCUCAUCCAAUCCAAGGAUCUCUGCCUCCAUACAGCCGCCUGGGAAUGCCUCUCACACCCUCUGCUAUAGCCAGCUCUAUGCAAGGUAGUGGCCCCACUUUCCCUUCCUUCCAUAUGCCCAGGUACCAUCAUUAUUUCCAGCAGGGUCCUUAUGCAGCUAUCCAGGGACUGCGCCACUCCUCUGCAGUGAUGACGCCGUUUGUAUGAGUGAUGUAAGACACGAAGAAUGUGAGAUUUUCAAUGUGCAAGCUUGGUAUGAAAAGAUAUGAGGGACCUUCCUGUGGCAGGAGUGCUGAACUCAUCACAAACCAGCUAAGAAACAUGCAUUAUGGAUAUAGAUUCCUCCAUUAGGGAUCACGAGAAGAGAGCAUGCAGCUUAGACCUGCUCCCAGAUCUUAUGGUGUAACACAGCCGACAUGGAUCCCAAAGUUCCCAGGAUGUUCCGCCACGUGCCGCUCGUUCCAAAGGUGCAUUAUACCCAGCGGAAAGAGAUGACGCUUAUGCAGCAGUGUACAAAUUAAUUGUGUAUAAAGCUUUUUCUUUUCAUAUACUAGAUAAGUUCUGGAUCAGGCAAUGCUCUUACUCAUCUUCAUCUCUUCUUGUGACUGACGAGCGUCUAGGCAGAAAAACGUAUUGCUGUAACUGUGAGCAUGUUUUAGCUAUCUCAGCACACGUCUGCUGGGAAGGGGACAAAGUGGAGAAGACCACUGUCCUUUUUAAAAGACUGGCUUAUAUUCACCAAAAGCAGUAUUUCUUAGUUGCUACUAUAAUCCCAAAGAGAAAUUUUUUAAUGAGUCUUUCUUUAUUUGCUUCUUUCACAAAACACUUAUCAGUUCAAAAAAGAAAAGAGAGAAAAAAAAAAGAACUGUGUUACAGGGCUGUAGCAGUAAUGAUGUAUUCUGUCCUUCAGUCUAAACAGGAGUUUGACCUCUAUCCUAGGAGGAGCAAUGUAACUAUCUAUUAAGGUAUGAUGAAGGAAAACGUUGAUUUGGGAAAACCUGUUACUUAGAAACCUAAGAUACCAAGUCUUUUAAACAAUGCUUGUUUGCUGCUGUGCUUGCCACUGAAGACCUGUUUCUAACAGCAAAUGCGUAUCAAGGUAACCAAAUUUCAGGCUAGAACAGCCUAUAAGUCAAAUUAUAAUCAAUGGACUGAAAUAAGAUGAGUGGCAUUGCAGUAUCCUUCUGCAAUUUGUUCUGAUUUUCUUAGGUUUGGUCAUGGCUGACACUAUACUCUUUGGCCAGGAAAAUGAGGGCUGUACUGUCUGGCUUUCCAUGUCCUGGUAGAAUGGUGGAGUUUCCUUGGGAAAAUAUCAGUGCAGAGCUUCACAUGUAACUUUGAUUAAUAUCUGCCUUUUUUCAGUUAGUAAUUAGGGUUCUCAUUCAUUCCUGUCCACUUUUCCUAGUAUGUUAUGUCUGAUGCAACAGAAGAACUGUAGAGGUGUAAUUAAAAAUGACACCUCUGCAGUGAGCUGGCAUGAAUCCUUUGCACUGCUGAAAAGAGUACCAGUGCAAUGCUGGUUUCUAUGUGUUAGGAGCUGGGAUUUCAUCAUAUGUAAGUCAACAGAGUUUAUGUCUAGAGUUGUGUCCAAGUUACAGGCAGUAACACAUCUACUGAUAAAAAAGAACUAGCAAUCCAAUCUCAUAUAUUAAAGAUCUAUGUAGAACGAGAACACAGAAUGGAAACCAGGUUUUUCUAGCACUAUUCUCCUCUACUUUUGACCAGUGAGUGUUGGAAUCAUAUGGUAAGAAGCAGAGUGGAGUAUACUGAGUCACCUGCCUCCCAUCUCUGUAAAGUGCAAGGCAAAUCACAUGCCUUUUUUGCUCCUAUUGCCUCGUCUUAGCUGCCCCAUCACACAGACCAAUGACAAUGUCAGUCUUUCCCCACAUUCCACUGUAGGCCAGUAUUUGCAUCCCACAAGUAAGAGCCGUCUUUAUGAUUUUCCUAGUAGCAGUGUCAUCCUCAUUUCCCUUUGCUCUCUGUUGGACCUGCUGUUAAAAACUGACCUGAGGCAAUCUGCAACUUCUGGUCUCUGUAUGUGAAAGAAAAUGAACAUUUAGUUACAGUUUCUGGGUUCAGAGCUACCACAAAGAGUUCCACAAAUGAUUAUAAUAGCCCCAGCCUUGAAAUCAGACACUGAAUUUGGCUAGAUGCAUCUAAAUACUAGAUUUUGCUCUAGGCUAUCAGUUUCACCUGAAAAGUGCAUGUUGCAAGGUUGUGUCUACUGAUGACUCAUGUUGGUAUAAACCCCAUAUUUUUUCAGGAAAUUGGAUGAUA